GUAUUUUCAAAAAUCUUUCAUUUGUUUUAAGUUUGAACCUAACUCAUGUAAAGUUGCAAAAGGCACUGAGACAAAACCGCACACGUAUCUUUUACCCUACCACCAUUGAUAUUCUCCCCAUUUUUCUUCUUCUCUAAACAAAACAAUAGCUUUGUCUUCAGGCAAAGCAAGAACCUUGGGAUUGGGAAAGAUGGUUCAGAGGAAGACUUGUCUAGUACUCGAGUCUUCUUUCAAUUCCCAACCAGCUGAAACUCGAUUCGGGCAAGAACAUCUCAAAAACCUUGGACCGGAGAUGAUGAUGAUGAAGAGAACAAAGCCUAGGAGGAAGCUUAAAGACAAUACUACCGUUUCUUCUCAAUCAGGUAAGUCACAAGCAACACCAAAGCAUGAUCUUGUUGUUAAAGUGACAGGUGGUUCACCUAAUUACAUGAAAGGCACCAGUAGCUCCGAGGCAAGAAAGGAGAACAAGAAAAGACUUAAUCUAUCUAGGAAUCAGAAGAACCAAACCGGUUCAAAACAUGAUUCUCGUUAUGGAGUUAACAAGGAUAGAUGUAAUAACAAGCCGAGUUCUAGGAUCGGUAGGGGUUUGACAAAGGCUCCUAGUUUCAAGAGAUGCUCACAGAGAGCUACUUGUUCUUCGACUCUAAAAGAUUCCAAGUUUCCAGAGUAUCUGAUGCUUAAUCAUGGCGAGACAUAUGAUCAAGUUAAUGGAACCUCUGUUUUGAAAGUUUGCCCUUACACGUAUUGUUCGCUCAACGGCCAUCUUCACUCCGUGCAGUAUCCUCCUCUGAAAAGCUUUAUAUCCUCGAGGAGACAGAGUUUGAAGUCCCAGAAGAGUGUGAAUAUGGAAGCUUCUAAGGAAGAGUUUGUGAAGAUAAGUAUAGAGGGGAAGAAAGAGUUUGAUCAUGGAAAUGGAGGUGCUUUUGAGGUUGAUAUAUAUACCCAAAUCUCGGAAACUGUUUCUGAAGGAGCACCCCGUUCUGAAACUGAUUCUGAUGAUUACUCUGAUAGUGCUGAGAUGGUAAUGUCUUCAGAAGGUGAUCAUGACAUCGAGUUAAAAGAAUCUGGUUUGAAGGAGACUUUGGUAGAUGAGGUUCAAGAGAAAGCAAACAGAGAUGGAGAUGCUUAUCUUUCAAAAGAAUCUGAUUUGGAGGAGACUUUGGUAGAGGACUCUAUGAGUGAGAUUCAAGAUAUAGGAAACAGAGAUGCUGAUAAAUCUUGUUGCUUUGAUUCUGAAGUUAUCAGUAUAAUCAAGAAAUCAGAAGCAGAUAAUGCAAUUAAGGAGACUUUGGUAGAUGAAUCUGUGAAAGAUAUCGAAGAGACAGCAAACAUAGAUGGGGAUGCUAAUCAAUCUGCUUGCUUUGAUUCUGAAGUUACCGAUAUGACCAAGAACUCAGAAGCAGAUAACGCAAUGGAGGAGACUUUGGUAGAUGACUCUGUGAAAGAGAUCCAAGAUAAAGAAAACAAAGAUGAAGAUGUUGAUCAAUCUAGUUGCUUUAUUUCAGAAGUUAUCGAUAUGACAAAGAACUCAACAGCAGGUAAUGCUAUUGAUGAUAAAGAUGAUGCUGGUGAAGAGACAUUAAAGGAUGAAGCUGAAGAUUGCAAAGAGGAGUCUCAAGACCAGAGUCACCAGACUGAAGUUAUAUUGAUGACAGAAGAAAACACAAAGGUUCCAUUUAACCGUACACGAAAACCCUGCAACCAAGAAGAGACAGACUCUACAAUUUCAUGGACUAUCAUCAAAUGCAAGAAACCUGUUGCAGAGACAGAGGAUUUAAGAGCAUUCAACCCAAGAGAACUUAAUUACCUUCCAAUUGUAGUGGAGGAGGAUGCUGAAAAGGUGGACCUCAAGCAUCAAGACAUAGAUGAGAGGAGAAACUCAGAGGAUUGGAUGCUCGAUUAUGCUCUGCAGCGUGCUGUUAGUAAACUUGCCCCAGCAAGGAAGAAAAAAGUUGCAUUACUCGUCGAGGCAUUUGAAACUGUGCAACCUAUUAUACCACAUGGAAGACACCUUCAAGCCUGCAAUUAAGAAAGGUCCAGGGAUGAUACAAGAAAGGCAACUUAAGGAAGAUGAAUGACUUUUAGUUAUUUAUUUACCUUCAAAAAUCAAACCCAAGUGUAAACUUUGAUGGUUUAUUUCCUAGCUCUGUGUGUGGUAGUUAUGCUCCUCAAUCUAUGAGGACUAGUGUGCUUGCUUGAGGACUAAGUUCUGGGACAAUCAUAUGAGUUUGUCUAGUUCUUCUAUAUAACUAUUUAGAAUUGUGAAACAAUCACAUGCCGUUUGUCACCAGUUGGUAUGAAUGUUUGAGUGUUGUUUUCAUCAUCUAA